CCACGAUCCUCUUCUCAGGUCGACAGCUGCUGGAGUAUCUUCUUGCCAAAGUUGGAUCUACCUUCUUUCAAAGCAGCCAUAUCUUUCUGUUACCAAAUCAAGAAACUCUCAGAAGACUGUUCGAUAUCUCGGUUGUCUUGACGUUCAACCAUUCUCUACGUCAGCUCAAGCAAAGAUAUCUCCACGGAAAGCGAGCUCGCACCCACAUUCGAGCAAAUUAAACCUUCAACCACUCAGCCAAACCUCCAGCAGAUAUCUACCUGGGUUGAAGCACAAUACAGCUUCCAAGAUGCUCAUUUCUUCUCUCCUCGCCGCCGUGGCUAUUGUAGCCACACCCAUCGUCACAGCCUCGCCAAUCAACGGCACCAGCCAGGAACUGUCACCACCACUCGGCGUCGCCUGCGGAAGGACCUCGUGCUUCGGAGAACAAGUCUGCUGCAAUCCUACCUGUAGCUUGUGCGCCAUGCCUGGCAUGGCGUGUCCUAUGCUGGACUGCGGUCACCUGCCGGGCACUCCCGCGGUCACCAAGCCGGCCGUCGUCGACGCUCCCGGCCCGCGAUUCUCCGGCAGCAAGAUCAUGAAGAAGCCCAGACCCACAAUGCCGGCCCCCUACACGUCACCGAAGCCGACGGACGGAGUGGCCUGCGGAAAUAAUACGUGCGCGGCCGAUCAGGUCUGCUGCAACGCGAGCUGCGGCAUUUGCACGCCGCCCGACGGCGCCUGCAUCAUGAUGUUUUGCGGCGACAGCCACCGUCAUGACGACUCUAUUCCUUCUUGAGAGGGGAACAAGGCUUUACGAAGAAAAUGAGUUAUCAGUCAAGAAAUGACCUGGCGGUUUUCUGAUUUGAAUCGACCUUUGUUUCUUUUGUCCACGGAUUUCUUUGAUUCUAUGAGACUGUCAGUCGCCCGC